AUGAGCAAGGGCUUCCAAGUACCUCCAGGAAAAUUCUAUCUAGUUGAUGGAGGGUAUGCAAAUACUCCAUCUUUCCUUGCUCCAUAUAGAGGAGUUCGAUACCAUUUGAAAGAAUUUGGGUCUGGACGUCGGAGGCCGCAGAACCCAAUGGAGCUCUUCAACCACCGCCACGCACUGUUGAGGAACCAUGUGGAAAGGGCUUUGGGGGUGCUUAAGAAGCGCUUCCCCAUUCUGAAAGUUGCCACAUUCCAUAUGUUGGAAAAUCAAGUAAAGAUACCUAUAGCUGCUGCCAUCAUCCAUAAUCUGAUCCGAUUACUUCAUGGAGAUGAGGAAUGGUUAGAUCAUCAGCCAGAUAAUAUUCCUCCAAGUACCUAUGUUGUUUUACCAAGUGGUGAUGAAUUGGAUGACCUAAAUGUGGGUUCAGUACAAGGCAACACUUUAAGAGACACCAUUGCCCAAGAAAUGUGGGUUCAGUACCAGCAACAUUUACAUUAG